AUGCCGCUGAGUCGCUUCAUCUGCCGGAAGGCGCGCGCGACGGCGCCGCAGACACGGCAUGCGCCUUCUCAGCUCCCGUCCGUCGCUCCGAAGAGCGAGACAGCGGACGCAGCUACGUGCGGAAGGGAGACAGAAGGCCCCGCGGAGGAUCGUCGCGAAGGCCAGAACCACGCGGAAAUCGAAAAGGCAACGAGCGGCACCAACGGGGCUGCGCCCAUCUCCACAGCGGAGAGCGACGGGGUUACCGCGAGUCCCGCGUCCAAUCAACCUCUCCUGAGUUCGGGUGUCUCGGCUGAGCGUCCGGAUGCUUCUCACACGGAAGCGGAAAAGGAACAGACGGAAGACCAGGAAGAGAGAAAGACAGAGAAAGCGGAGAACUCCGAGGCGUCUCCUGCCUCUCCGAGCCCCCGUCUGAUUCCGCCUGAAGGUGCGGCGGAGGCGUCUCGGCCGACGCCCGACUUGGCCAGCUCAAAGGGCGAGGAAGGGCUGGGUGUACGUACAGGCGAGAAGGACGAGAACGCGGCGCCCAGCGCCGAAGGUGCCUCUUCCCUUCCUGCUCCAAACCACGAGACGGCCAAAGACAAGAACGCGGAAAAGGACGCGGAGAAGAACGUGGAAAAGGACGCGGAGAAGAACGCGGAAGAGAACGCGGAGAAGAACGAGGACAAGAGCUCGGAGGCAUCUUCGCGCGCGGCGGCCGACGCGCCCGGCGGCCAGCCGGCACCUCGGGAGAAGCGCGACUCGCUUCUCUCCGCAUCCGAACAUGCAGAUGGCGCAUGCGUGGGCUGCGCGGGCGAGGAGAGCGGGCGGAGGCGUUCGGGGGUUGGCGAACAACGGACGGUGUCUCUGGAGGAGAUUUUGGAGCGGAAGAUGAAGAAGCUGGAGGCGUACAUGGAGGAGGAACAGCUCUUCAAGGCCUUCUCCUACGUGUUGCUCCUCGAGCACCAAAUCGACCAUCGCCUAGCGAUUCUGAACGCGACGCUCGGCUUGCCGUCUGUGGCGGGGCCUUCUCUGGCGAGUCUGUUCCCACCUGGCGAGCGGUUCCCCGACGAGCGGCGCGGGGACGAGCGAAAACUCGAGGAGAGCGAAGAGGUGCUCUCGGCGCUGCGGCCUGGCUCUUUCCUCCCCUCCUCGCUGCUGCUGAAGAAGCAAGAAGAUCUCCGGAGUCAGCGGGAGAGUCUCCUCGCCUUCGCGAACCGCCUCGCCAGCAGCCAGCAGUUGAAGAAUCUCUGCUUCGAGAUGCGCUGGGCGUUCCAGAUGCUCGGGAACUUCCACCUGGACCACUUGCGCCAGGUCUGCGAGGAACCGCGCCUCUCCGUGUGCGACAGUUUCUGUUCGCUCCCGCGCUCCGCCUCGUGCGCGUCGCAGUCCUCGACCUUCUCCUACUUUGGAAAGACUGGCGGCGAGAAGGAGCGCGAGGAGAGGGGCGAGCAGGCGACUGGGGCGAGCGCGCCCGCUGCGAAAGGCUCUCGAGACCUCAGCGGCCGCCUGUCCAUCUCCGGAGGCGUCGCCGGAGAGCGCGGCGACACCCGCGACGAAGACUCCAUGGCUGCGGGGAGCGCGCUGCCGGAGCGGAAGCUCAGCACCACGAAGAUCAAGCAAGGUUUCCGCAACAUGAGCCGGAAAAUGAGUCUCUCCCGAAAAUCAAGUGCCGCCAGACGCGCCAGCGUCAAGAAAAUCAUCACCGCGAAGAAAGUGCAAGACGACGAAGGGUGGAUACGCGAAAAAGGCCGUUACCUGGAUCUCGCGUAUCGCGUCGAGAAGGACUCCUCGGUUUCGAUCAAGGUGCGCGGGAAGUUGCCGUGCCCGUUGUUUGAGGUUUUGUCGAUUUUGAACGAGACGGAUCUGGCCGGGACGUGGGCUCCGUUUUUCAAGUCGGCAGAGCGCGAGGUUCAGUACACGAAGGCCUCGCAGUUGGUUCGGCAGGUGUACGACUAUCCGCUCUUGGGGGCGAAGGAGACGCUGAUGUUUUGCGUGGGGAUCAACGCGCUGGAGGAGGCGGGGUGCGUGAUUAUUUUCUGUCGGUCUCCCCCCGAGAACGCGGCCGAGUUCCUUGGGCAGCCGGUGCCGGAGAAGCGGAAACUCCUCCGCAUCCAGUCGGCGGACCUCGUCUUUCUGCUCUACCCUAUCGCCGAGGGGCGGCAAACGACGCUCGAGCUCUACGGGCGUUUCCAGCACGGACUGCGGUUCGUGCCGAUGAAAAUCAUCACCUUUGUUGUGAAGAAAGUCGUUCGCGGGAUGUUUGUCGCGAUCGCGCGGCAGUGCCAGUGCUUCCAGAGCGGACCGUACAAGGAGCGCGUCCAGAACAACCCCGCGUUCUACUCCUGGAUGCGAAACAAAAUCGAAGAUUUUGUCCAGCAACAAAAGCAAGGCACCGUCCGAAACGCGGAAACCAUCAGCCUCGCCAGCUUCAACUACGAGGACUUCCAAGACUAA